GCAUACUGAAUAGUAUUUCGAUUGGACAGAAAUCUGUAGCUAAAUUUUUUGUUUGCCGCUAAUUCAAUGACUCCCGACCCAAAAAACUGUGGGAUUCACCAGCUUUGUAGCAAUGUCAUUUGAGCUGCAUCAGCCUGUGCCAUUGAGCAAUAAUUCUGAAGAUGUCUUAAAGACGGAAAUUACCGUUGAACCGGUUGUUAUUGACGAUUUCGUUAAGGAAUACGAAAUUGAUGAUACUGCGAAAUUCAUUAACGAAGGUGGUUAUAAAAAUGUCGCUCUUCAGUUCCCAGACGAACAUCUCCAGGAUGCUGUAAAAGUUGCUGACGCUUUGAGUAAAUCCAUUGAUGCAUCCGUUCAUGUGCUUGCAGAUACGAAUUACGGUAGUUGCUGUGUUGACGAAGUUGCCGCUGAACACAUGGGAGCAGAUGCUCUUGUUCACUACGGACGAGCCUGUUUGUCUCCAACCACACGACUCCCUGUUCACUAUGUACUUGGUCAACUUAAAAUUGAUAUUGAAAAGUGCACGGAGGAAUUCACAAAAGCAAAUCCUCCCACUGACAAGCAGCCUAUUUUGCUCAUAUGCGAUACACGUUGGUUCUGGGCUCAAUCCGACAUUCAAAAUGCAUUAAUGAAAGCCGGCUAUCCAACAGUUUGCUGUGCUGAGUUAAGCAAAGGUGAGGCUUGCGAGGAAAUAGACGGUAUACCCUAUGGUUUGCCGGGACGUCGCGUUCGUCUACCAGAUAAUGUUGACUUGGCGGAUGCUACUUUGUUGUUCGUUGGCCCGGAAUCACCUACAUUGACAACAGUACUGAUGGGCUAUUAUUCCAGAGUCCAAGGUAUUUACUCAUUCGAUCCUGUCAGCAGCCGGUUAACGGAGGAGUCGACGCCAUCCGGAAGACGACUUCGUCGUCGUUAUGCUCUGCUUCACAAAUGCCGAGACGCUGGUAUUAUCGGUAUCGUAGUUGGCACUUUGGGUGUUAAGAACUAUUUGACACUCCUUGACCGACUUCGGAAAUUGAUACUGGAUGCCGGAAAAAAGCCUUACAUGAUAUCAAUUGGUAAAUUGAACGCAGCAAAACUUGCCAACUUUCAAGAAAUUGAAUGUUUUGUCAUCAUUGCUUGUGGAGAGAACAGUCUUGUGGACAGCCGGGACUUUUAUCAACCUGUUGUUUCUCCAUACGAGCUUGUUUUGGCUCUUUCGCCUGAGCUCAUUUGGAAGAACGAAUGGAUUACAGACUUUGAACGUGUUUUAAGUCUCGCAGACGAAAUGUAUGGUGAAAACAACAGCGAAGAAGAAGAAAAAACGGAAAAGAAAGAAAGCGAAGAGGAAGAACCACAUUUCAGUUUGAUGACUGGUCAAUUCGUAAAUGCUACUCCUAUGCGCCAACACAUAGAUUUGUCGGUUGAAAAUGACAGCAGUACUGAACAAGGAAUGAUCAAACAUGCAGGUAUGGCAUUGGCUAGUGUUAAUGGCAUGUACUCACCAGCUGCGGCCUUCUUGCAAAAGAAGGAAUGGCGCGGUCUGCAAAGUGCAGAAGGUGAAGAAGCUAGUGAGUUAUACCAAGGAUUGUCGGGCAUUGCAAAGGGAUACAAUGGAGAAGCAUCACAAAAGUAGUGCAGUAACUACAAAAGCACACAGUUUGUUUUGGAUAUAUAACAAUAAAAAUUGGUUAAUAAAAGGAUCAAUAAAGGGAUUACAUGAUAAAACAAAAGUGUAACCGAU